AGUUUAUUUAGUUAAUAAAAAACGUGCAACUGGCAAAGACGUAUCGACGUCGUGAGACCUUGUCGGAACUGUGGUGAAUGCGUAAUGCGAUGAUGCAUGCUACCAAACAGCAAAAGUGGUGAUUGGUGAUGACAAAAGAAAAAUUUCAAAAAUUAUAUUGUUUUUGUUACCAAAGGAAGCGUAUAUAUGUAGAUAUUUUCCAAAAAAAAAAAAUACAAACAUACAUACAUGUGUUUUAUGAAUAUGUCGAAUGUGGGCUAAGACAAAUUGCCGCCAUUGUUGUCUCAUGCAUAAUUUAAGAUAUUUCUAUUCAAAUGGUCAGUGUUGUGAAACAACCUUAGAAUUUUAUGACGAAUGUCACUGAGAAAGUGUGAUGGAAAGUAAAAGAAUCAAAUAAAACAAAUGAAUCAAAAUCCAAGUGUCAAACAAAAGAAAAAAAUAUAAAAAAAUUGUGCAGAAAAGAAAAAAAAAAAUAAAAUACAAUAAAAAAAGAAAUCAAGAAAAAAAUCGCUGACGUCUUGUUGCAAACAAUAAGUGAUUGCCGGCAUUUGUGAGACGUGCGCUGAAUUAAUAGAAAUUUUGAAAAAAAAAGAAAAAAAAAAUAAUUAUAGCUACAAAUAGCUGCACAAUUAAUAACAUCAAAAUGGAUUCUUUGGAUGUGACAUCGCCGGCAAAUGCCUCACCGCCAGAUUUUGAUUUUAAUCUGCCGUGUCGGUUCUUUAAGAGCUCAUUUGCUCGAUCACUUUCACUCAACAACAGUAGCAGCAACAAUCAUUGCAAAUCUUUGGAUUAUGACAUACGUUCUAGCAACAACAAAAGCAAUAAUAACGACAAUAAUAAUGGAAAUAGUAGCAGCGGUAUUCCACCUCCAAUACCGCAAAAGCGUUUUACAACGCAAGACAGUUCUUCUUCAAACCAAAACAACCAGAAUGAGGCCACCAUCAACAACAACAGCAACAAACCGGUUGGUAUUAAUACAACCAACGAUAUUACCAACAAGAAAGCCACCGCCAAUGAUAAGCCUCCGGCUUUGCCAGCAAGACGACCACCAUUUUCCAGCAAUGGAGCUGGAUCACUUCAGCAACAGCAGCAGCAAAAUAUGCAAGCUUCUUUGACACAAUUACGCCAACAGGCCUUCAAUCAGGCUUUGAGCCAUUCUAAUGCGCCAGUGUUGCCAGUAAAUGUAAAUGCCGCCGCAUCUAAGGCUGGCUUGCGAGCCAAUCAUCAUCAGCAACAACAACAACAACAACAGCAGUUGCAAUUUAAUCAAAAUCUUAUCAAUCACUUUUCCGGCAACUCGAAUGGCCACAACGACAGCAUUUGCAGCAGUGCCAGUAGCAGCAGCAGCGGCAGUAACAACAGCAACUUUAGAAGGAAUAUCAUCGUCUGGCCGAAUAACCAACAACAACAACGGAAUGUGGAACAGGAUGGCAGUUUCUUUGAUGUCGAUAAUGACGACAAUUUACAAUUUAAAUAUCACGAUGUGAAAGCAAAUCGACAACUGAUGAUACCAACAAUAAUGGCAACAAAUGCCAGCAAUCAGCAGCAGCAACAACUUCCCUACGAUGUUGUUCAUGACAAUGCCACAAAUGUGGAAGCUGUUAUUCUACAGAAUCAAGUGGACACCUUGCAUUGGCAAUUAAAACAGGUUGAAACCAGUUGCGAUAUGUAUCGUGCGGUUAUGGAAGAAGUGGCGCGCUUCCUUGAACGUUAUCAAAAACAGCGUCAAGUCCAACAAAAAGAACAACAGCAGCAAUUGGAUAACAUGGAACAGAUGUCACGUUCCAAGAGUCUAUAUCAAGUUAAUACUACCAGUGGAAGCCAUGACAAAUCGCUGAAGUUAACUCCAGAAGAUGAGGCUAUAACAUCAUAUUUGCGUGUACGGAGCAGCACGAAUCUCAUUGAUUUGAAACAAAUCGAAUGCAAGAAAAACAAGUCAUUAAAUGCGACAACAGGUCGCCACAGCAAAGAUGACCACAAUUUUGAGACAAGUCUGGCACCAUCGCAAUCGUACAAUGCCUUUAAGGAUUUCACUUGGAGGCGUUCCCCCAAAAAAGCCCAUGACUCCAAGGCCAAUGGUGGUCGUGAUGAUGCCGACGAAAAACUUAGCCAGGAGGCCUUUAGGCUUUUGCGCACCAUUCAAAAUCUUUUGAAUACAUCACAACAUCAAACGGAAAUAUUACAUCCGCACCAGCACCAACACCACCAUCAGCAGCAGAUACAACGUGAAUCAUUGGCUCCUUGUGGUGGCGUGAAUCGCAUAUCCAAAGCCAUAUCAACCACUUCAGUGGCCACAUUGCCUGGUGCACCCAUGCACAAUUCGACCAGCCUUACCUUGGCCACAAAUUGUGCAGCAUCAACCACAUCUGAUUCAUCAGCAACCUCGCCCACCAUUGCCGCCACACCCAACACUCUUGCCCCGGAUAUGUUAUUCUUGCGUUCCGCAAAUAUGCGUGAUUCCCGCCUGUCAUUGCGCAGUUCCACUGACAGUUCGGUACAUUCCACCUCAUCGGCAGCUUCAUCAGCUUCUUCGAAAGUGGAAACCGAUGAAGAGCCCACAACGCCAUUUCAUUCACCUUCGAACUUGCUAGGCCAACACAAGCCUCACAUCAUGGCUAGUUCUAGCACCGAAGAUGAAAGCGGUUUCAGCUCAAUAAGUUCAUUUCCGGAAAUUGGAGUGCCACAUAGCUCGACCAUGAUUUCCACUAAGCCUCCACAAAAAUGUCGAAACGCCAAAGGCAAUGAAUUGCGGCCCCAAAAGACGACGGGCAGUGACAGUCAACAACAACAACACUCCGCAGCCGAUAAUGGAAAUUCAACGCUAAAAGCAAAUGUUGUGGGUUUGCCUUUAAACUCCUCCCAGGACAUGUCGCAUCGUUGGGAUACACCCUCCAAAACGUACCACAAUGCCAGCACAAAAUUUCAAAGAUUUUCAGCUUUAUCGAAUAACGAAGAUUCGAAUACUGUUUUAUGGGUUUGAGUUCGAAUUUUAACACACUUUGUCCAUUAAUAGCAGAUUCAAUCGUGUUUCUGUUUCGUUGCUUAGUUUGUGCCUUUAUCAUGAAUUAUUUCGUAUUAUUUAUUAAUAAUAUUUGUGUGUGUAUAUGUAUUAUUUAUAAGUUUCAUUCGUUAACAAACAAAAAUUCUGAAAUGCAGCAUUUAAAAAAUCAUUAAAGAUUUUUCUGUGGAGAAAAAUAAUUAAUCAUUUUCAAUAUGAUUAUUAAUUAUUAUUUUUUUUAAUUUCUAGAUAUAAGUUUGGAUGUAUUAUAAUAUAAAUAUUUGUGUGUUUUUCGCUUUCUUUUCAUUAGAAUAUAUAAAAAAUAGUUGUAUGAAGUGUUGAAAA